GCUAGGUGUAUUUUGUUUGUCCUUACCUCACUAUUCGCCAAGUGUGGUAGGCUGUGCUAGUACUUGGACGUAAAUUCACUGCCCGGUAAACCGCUCGCCGUCAGUCUGCCGAAAUCGCCAUCAGUUCGGGGCGGCGGUCGGCUUCGUUCCGACUGAUUCGCAGGGACUUUGAUCAGGAUGAACCCUUAUGCGCGGAUGUACCUCACCAUAGCAUUUCUUCUUGUCUGGAGACCGAACAGUCUUCUAUCGGUACUUGGACAACGAUCAUGCGAACUGGACGACGGUCGUGUUCUGAAACCGGGAGAAGAGAUCCAGUAUGGCCUACUGCCUUGCAUGAUAUGCAGAUGUGACGGUAACACUGGGAAGGCUGAAUGCAGGCCACAUCACUGCCCUGAUAUAAAUUGCGGUGCUGAUGAGGGUCAAUUGGUCGAACCGGGGGCAUGUUGUCCCACUUGUGUUUGUGAGUUUGUCUGGCUCACUUAG